AUGUCGCAGAGCGAAGGACAAGGAAUGGAGUCCGACCAAAUACAGACUACGGAGCCUCGCGCUACAGUAGUCAUGCCUCUUUACAUUUAUCCUUUGAGCGAUGAGACGUGGCGACCCCUGUAUGAUUCGUCCGGUCCCAGGCGGGGCGGGGUGCUUGUCUUGUCUUGCCUUGUCUUGCCUUGUCUUGCCUUGUCUUGCCUCGCAUCGCAUCAUCUCUUCAUCAUCAUCUUCAUCCAAAUUACCAUCAGCCUCCAUCCAAGUUCUAACCAUUCUCGUCCGGGCUAUAGGAUCACGGCCCACCCGGCCGUCGACUUUCUUGUGGUAGUGAAUCCAAACAGUGGGCCCGGUGACAAGCCCUUACCAGGCCACGACUACGAACGGGAAGUUCCUAAGCUGAAUGCUCUGCCCAAUGUGUACACAGUGGGCUACAUCCGCAUCGACUAUUGUCGCAAGCCGCUGCACGAUGUCUGCGAAGAGAUUGAUCGGUAUGCUGGCUGGGCUGAAGACUUCGACCAGAGGGGUCUGGGUGUGAAGGGCAUCUUCGUGGACGAGACUCCCAACCACUAUUCGGCCGGCCGGGCCCUCUAUUUGGAAGCUGUCCAUAAGCACAUUCGGGCCACGCCGGGUAUCUUGGAGAAGCAAUUGAUUCUCCACAACCCAGGUACACCCCCCGACGCUGGGCUGGCAGAUCCUGGCCCGGACGUGAUCUUCACCUCUGAAGAACCAUACGAACGGUACCGAGGCGAUGAGGUCCAGAAACGACUCAGAGAGUAUCCUUACGAGCAUGCUAGAUCUGCAUUCAUGAUCUCUGCCGUGCCAAAGGACGAGAUCCAGACGGCGGUCCGCGACCUACGCAAGCGGGGUCGCUGGGUGUUUGCCACAGAUCUGGUCGACGACUUCUACGAGAGCUUUGGGGAGAGCUGGAACGACUUCAUUGCCGCAAUGGAACCCGACGCAGAGUAGCAACAUGCAUGCAUGCACCUAGGUG